CGCUUUUCCAACCCUCAAAGUUGCUGAACGUUGGUAGCCCUGUUUGUUUUGCUGCGCACCCCGCCCCGCGCUUCGGCACCGCCCACUAAUGGCUGUCAAGCAAGAGUGAAGUGUUAAGAAAAAAAUGCAUUUAUUCAAAUUAAAAAAUGGAAUUUCUCGGUAUUGAUCCAAUACAGCUGUGAAAAGUGUAAAUCUUUUGACAAUAAGUUUAUUAUAUCCGACGUUUGUGUAAAUAUGAGCUAGUGGAUUAGUGAAUUCAAAUAGUUAUAAAAUCUUGUAGGUGCAACACUGGGAUGUGCUUCGGCGAGCUUUGAGUGUGCGGUGCGAGGCAGGAACUCCAAUGCAUUUCUGGAUAGACAAACGCAGCCAGUGCUACACCGGCCGCCACCGCGUGCCCUCAUCUUUGUCAGCUGGGGUGGGGCGGUCGCGCGGUCGCGUGUGCGUGGGCGCGCGUAAGGGCAUGGCAGCGCCCGUGCACCGCUUCGCGGCCGUCGACUGCCCGCCGCGCCGUCCGCCGCGCACGCACCGACACUAUGGACCCCCACCAAUGCCGCCGGUACACACAAGCCGGCGUCAAAACGACGAGCCAAGCCUCUACGUCGAAAUACCCCCCGAACCCCCUCAACCAACUAUCGCAAGUCUCGCAGCCGCUAGAAGCGUAACCCCAGACACCCUACUAAGGACCGCAGCCCUAGGGCUCCACCACUCACCGAUGAUGGCCCCGCAUUUGAAGUUUGGGAUGCUGGUGUCGUUCGCGCUUGCUACGGUGUUCUUAGCUGGUGCCAAGUACUAUUUCGAUCGGCAGGUGGCACGCGACAGCUCGGCCGGCGCCGAAGUGAACGUGGUGGUGGCCGCCGUGUCGAUGGCGUGCGUGUGCGGCGUGGGCUGCGCGCUGUCCAUGUGCCGCGCCAAGCCCGCGCCGCUCGCGCCGCCCGACCGCGUCUCCUCCACCGCGCGCCGCGCCGCGCCGCCGCCGAGAGAGGACCCUUCCCCGCCCACGGAAUCCGGCGACGAGCUCUCCCUCAGCGCUCUCCUGGAGCGUUCCGGCUCCUCGCGCAACCGCUCCAGCUCCCGCUCCCCCGCCCCCGAGGCGCCCCCGCCCUACCACAUCGCCGUGCUGCUGCCCCCGCGCUCGCCGCCCCCGCCCGCCUACAGCGCGCUCAGGUGCGGAACCAGGCCGCGGUGCCGGCGUUGGCCUGGUACUUGCGGAUGAGGAUGGGGUGCGGCACGGGCAGGAGUCC